CGAGAGGGGCAAUUUUAUAAUCAAAAGCAGUAGAAGGACAUCCCACUGUUGAAACCUCCUCUUUUACAUACAUCACAAUAUGGCUCCUGCUAAGAAGUCCGCUGGUAAGAAGGUUGCUCCUGCUCCUUAUCCCAUCAAGGGUAAGCAAGCCACUAAGGCCAACGCCAACCCUUUGAUUGAAAAGACCCCCAAGAACUUUGGUAUCGGUCAAGAUGUCCAACCCAAGCGUGAUGUCUCUCGUUUCGUUAAGUGGCCUCAUUACGUUCGUCUUCAACGUCAAAAGAAGAUCAUCUACCAACGUCUUAAGGUCCCUCCUGCUAUCAACCAAUUCACUCACGUUCUUGACAAGAACACUGCUACUCAACUCUUCAAGUUGAUGCACAAGUACAGACCCGAAAGCAAGACCGAAAAGAAGGAACGUCUCCGUGCUAUUGCCGCCGCCAAGGCUGAAAAGAAGGAAGUUCCCAAGACCGACAAGCCCGUCGUUGUCAAGUACGGUAUCAACCACAUCACCGCUCUCGUCGAAGCCAAGAAGGCUCAACUCGUCGUCAUUGCUGAUGAUGUUGACCCCAUUGAAUUGGUUAUCUGGCUCCCUGCUCUUUGCCGUAAGAUGGGUGUCCCUUACUGUAUCGUCAAGGGUAAGGCUCGUCUCGGUCAAUUGGUCCACAAGAAGACUGCCACUGCUUUGGCUUUGACCGAAGUCUCUGAAGCUGAUAAGGCUGAAUUGGCCAACCUCGUCUCUGCUGUCAACGCUAACUUCACUGAAAAGUGGGAUGAAGUUCGUCGUCACUGGGGUGGCGGUAUCAUGGGCCCCAAGUCCAACGCCAAAAUGGCCAAGCGUGCUGCUAUCGCUGCUAAGGAAAUUGCUGCUCGUCAAUAAAUUUCUUUAACCAUUCACCAGCAACAACAACAACAACAAUUAUAACAAUUUAGCAACUGUACAUUUUGAUAUGACAGAGUAAUAUGACUCUUUUGGAUAAUUUACCAAUAAAAAAAGUGAUUUUGAAAAAAGAGAGAUUCAGGAGAAGGUUUAAAGUGUUUGAUGAGCUUAU